GACACUUUUGGACCACUGUCCGAAAUUCCCUAACCAUUCAUAUAGUGGUCACUCCGUCUGGUGUCAUCCCCCGGGUCAUCAGGCUGUAACAGUCUUGAAUUAGCCGGUUUGUCACCCUUCCCGCCAUGAGUGAUGUAUGAGAACAAGCAGACGACUUGUCAUCAUUGCGCUAGAAGCAGCUUCUGUUGUGUGUUACCUGCCAGAUGAACGGUGUACAGCCAGGCUCGGGCUGGUAGACCAGGGACAAUGUACACCUGGGGAGUGUUCCUCCUUCUCCCCAUCCUCCUGCUACACACCCCCAGCGUCCAGGGGGACAAGCGAGAGUUCAGAAUUGCCUGGAUGGCACCAAAGAGGGAGUACAACAAGUUCAGUGCUGCCACAACUGUAAAUGCUUUAAAGUUGGCUUUGUAUUCCAUUGGGCGAAAAUAUCUUAGAGGACAUCCUAUACGGGUGAAAUGGUAUGACAGUGACUGCAACUCCAAGGCCGCUCUCACCUCCGCCGUCGACGCCAAGAGCACGUUUGACCCACAUCUCUUCCUUGGACCCCCGUGUUCCGCAGGCAUGCGUCCCGUGGCUCAGCUGGCGUCCCACUGGAACAUCCCCGUCUUCGGCUGGGUCUCCAACGACCACGACCUCAGAGACAGGAGCAUCUACUCUACCCUCAUCAGACUUCUCGGACCCCUGAACCAGUUCUCCACAACAAUGCGCUACGUCUCGAGCGUGUUCAACUGGAAGCGCUACGCCAUGAUCCACGAUAAAGACGAAUCCUACAAGUCGGUGUACGAAGCUCUGGCUGGGGACACCACCAACUUCUUCACGUCCACGCACUCUGUGACCCCGACCAUGGACGACGAUGAGAUCAAAGAAAUCUUCCUUCAGGUCAAGAAGUACGCCAGAAUCAUCAUCUUCGCCGUGCCGUGGUUGACGAUGAGGAAGUACAUCCUGGUGGCUCACCGACUGGGGCUCACGACGGGGGAGUUCGCCUUCAUCUGCAUCAACGGAGAUGUGUAUUCGGGCGAGACGCUCGAGGCAGAUGUUUUAUCAGACCGUGUGUGGCGACGAAACGAUUCCUUUGAUGAAGAAGCAAAGUUUGCGUUUGAGUCCGUGAUCCACGUUAUUUUGGUGGGUCAAGAACAACAGACGUACAAAAAGUUCAAAAACCAUGUGCAGAAGAUGAAUACACUGACUGAUGAACUCUGGGACAUCCCUCGAGGGUCAGACCAACUAGACGCCUAUGCCCCGUUUCUGUACGACGCUACCCUGCUGUGGGCGAUUCUGGUCAACAAGUCCAUGGUAGCCGGGGAGAAUCCGACGAACGGAACCCACAUGUUCUCCAUGGCGCAGGGGGUGCAGACAACUGGUGUGACGGCCAAUUUGGUUCUAGACACCUUCUGUGACCGACUGGUCAACAUCUGGCUGCUUGACAUGCAGGAAGACGGCAACUUCACCACCAUCACCAAGAUCUACAACACCCUCACCGGGGGGAAUGGUCUACUCGUUUCACAAAUGACGCCCUCCCUCGUCUUGCAGCAAAUGGAGAAGAAGAUCAGUGCCCGAUGGCCCGACGGGAAGGUUGGCCAGGAGAACGCGCCACCAGACAUACCCAAGUGUGGCUUUGAGGGAGAGAAGUGCAAGAUAGAGCCCGACCCCCACGACCCCGGCUACGCUGACACCAUCACGGGGGCGGCGGCAGGGUCGUCAGUCGUCCUCAUCAUCGCCAUCGCCGUGCAGGUGUCACUCAGACGUUACCGACGUCGCCGACAGCUGGAGAGUAUGUUGUGGCAAGUGAAGUUUGAGGAGAUCGACUUCGUGACGGCCAUUCUCUGUGGCAGCGUCAGGUCCAGCUUCAAGAACCUCGCACGACGUCGCAGCUCCAAGAACGUGAAGGGAGUAACCAAGACGCGCAAUGUUGGGAGUUCAGGCGAUUCCUACACAGACUCGCCAAGGUCACAUCACUGCACGGAGACUGGCACCACCAUGUUUGGUUCUGUCGCAUAUAUCAGAGGGAGCUUGGUGUCCGUCAAGAGGAUGUCCAAGAACAGCGUCAGUCUGACCAAGGAGGUUCUGCAGGAACUCAACCAGCUGAUGGAACUCAAGAAUCAGAACGUCUGUGCGUUUGUUGGCGCUUGCGUAGAUCCAGGAAGGAUUCUGUUGUUGUGGGAGUAUUGUCCUAAGGGCAGUUUACAGGAUAUCAUCUGGAACACCAACAUCAAGUUGGAUCAGCUCUUCAAGUUCGCCCUGUGUCAGGACGUCGCUAAGGGUCUGGAAUACAUACACAAGAGUUCAGUCAACUACCAUGGCAACUUGAAAAGUUCCAACUGUGUUGUGGACAGUCGGUGGACAUGUAAACUCACGGACUUCGGGGUCCCUAAAAUCAGGUCGAUGGACAAGGCGUCGAUACCCUUCGAGGAGAACGCAGACAAGGAACUGUGGACGGCCCCUGAGAUUCUGCGAGCUGAGAGGAAUGUUGAGUUCCAAAAAGCGGAUAUCUAUGCCGUGGGCAUCAUUCUGAAGGAAGUGUUCACACGGUCCGGCCCGUACACCGAGUACCCAUUCUACUGCUCCUCAGAAAUCAUCAGUAAAGUUCGGGAACCAUCGAUACAGACUCGGUUCCGUCCGUCAGUUGCACGUGAGCUUCGUCAACAUCCGGACCUGGCAGCCCUGAUCGAGGAUUGCUGGAGUGAGGACCCCAGUGCCCGUCCCUCCGCCCCGAGGGUGGUCAAGUCCCUCACAAGAAUCAACCCAUCCAAACACAUGACGAUGAUCGACAACAUGAUCGCCAUGUUGGAGAAGUACGCCAACCAUCUGGAGGAGCUUGUGGCGGAGAGGACGAGUGAGUUGGACGCGGAGAAGAGGAAGACGGAGAACCUGCUGUACCGGAUGCUGCCACAGUCCGUGGCGGAGGACCUCAAGUUGGGUAAACCAGUGAAGGCGGAGAUGUUUGACCAGGCUACGAUAUACUUCUCUGAUAUAGUGGGCUUCACCAAGAUCUGUGGCGAGAGCACACCCAUUGAGGUUGUGAAUCUCCUCAACUGUCUGUACACGCUGUUUGAUGACAUCAUCACGCACUAUGACGUGUACAAGGUGGAGACAAUCGGAGACGCCUACAUGAUAGCUAGCGGUCUGCCGAUGAGGAACGGCGACAACCACAUCAAGGAGAUCGCCGACUGCGCCAUGGACAUCCUCGCCUCCACCGCCACUUUCACCAUACCUCAUCUACCAGACAGACCUCUCAAGAUACGUAUAGGUAUCCACACAGGGUCGGUGGUUGCCGGAGUUGUGGGUCUAGCGAUGCCUCGGUACUGUUUGUUCGGAGACACGGUCAACGUAGCUUCCAGAAUGGAGUCUACAGGAUUCCCGCUGAAGAUCCACAUGAGCUCAGUCGCCCACGACAAGCUGGUGUCCCGGUUCGCUGGUUACCACUUCUACGACCGGGGCGAGAUCCCGGUGAAGGGCAAGGGCACCAUGAACACCUUCUUCCUGACUGGGAGGGACGGCUUCACCAAGGUCCUGCCCCGCGCUGACCAGGACUCUCCGGGGUCCCCCACAGUCAAGUUCUCCAUGCUGACCAGCAUCCCUGACUGUGGAACACACACCCGGGAGGGUAGCCAUUCCGCCUUGCUUCCAAGUCUCGCCUACUGUGAGACUCACAUGCGAGAAGAGAGACUCUCAGCUCUGAAGCCGAUGCCAACUGUGACGUCAACGCCUUGCAGAGAAGCUUCUAGGGAGGACAGUGGUUACCUUGGUAGCUGCACACCGAAGCCUCGCAUGACGUCAGAUUCCGGGGAGUGUUCGAAGGGCGCUACAGUGCCUGGGAAACGUCUGAAGCUUGAUCCUCAUGAGUUACUCGGUUCACGUGUGAAUAAAUCAACAGAAUCUGCAUGGCCAUCUCUUAGAAGAGUCGCGUCAGAGAGUUAUGGACCAACAAACAUUUCCUCACGUGUGAACAGGUUGCCCGAACCGGCUCGUUGUCAUAGCAACCGUGUGACGUCUGAGAACUGUGAAGCGUCAAACCCUGACUAUCUUGCUGCCACGGUAGCAGAACCAAACCACAGCAAUAUUUGCAGACUGACGCCAGAUCCUUACGAACAGUCGACCAUUUCCUCACAUGUGAAUACAUUAACUGAACCAACACAUGCUACGCAUACCAACCGAGUGACGUCAGAUCCAAGGGAACUGUCCAAUUCUAUUAUCUCUCAUGUGAACAGGGCGUAUGAACAUGAUAGUGACAACAACUCGAUCGUAGGUUUCACAAAGAACUCGCUCAUCAGGAGCGCCACGAUCCCGCGGUGUAACGCCAGCAGGCCCAGCGUUUUGGUGCCCCGCGGGACCUCUAAGGAGAGCGCUGACUUCAGGGAGGAUAAUCGCAAUCGAAGGGUAACUCGCAUUUUGGAAAUAACGCCAUUAUGACUAGCGGCCCCCGAGACGUUGGUGUGUGAGAUUGAAGGGGAAAGAAUCUAGCAUGUGUCUGGAAGAGAGAAUGUAGCACGUGUAUGUGCGUGAGAGAAUAUUCCACGUGUCUGUGAGAAUGUAGGAUGUCGGUCUGUUAUAGGCAUGUUGCAUGUGUGUCUGUCUGUGAGAAUGUAGGAUGUCGGUCUGUUAUAGGCAUGUUGCAUGUGUGUCUGUCUGUGAGAAUAGAAUGUAGCAUGUGUUAAUGGGAGAGAGAAUGUGGCAUGUGUGUCUGGAUGAGAGAACAUAACGUGUGUCUGGAAGUGAGAAUGCAGCACGUGUGUCUGGAAGUGAGAAUGCAACACACGUGCCUGAAGGAGAGUAUGUAGCAUGCGUCUGGGAGGAAGAAUGUUGCACGUGUGUAUGGAACCUGGAACGUCUUUCGGAUUUCUGCGGAGACAGCAUUUUCUGGAGGAUGUGUGACCAACGUUGAGGGACAAAUUUUCCAAAUUCUUGACUGAAAGUGAUUUACUGAUCUAUGUGUCUUGAGAUGAAGAUGCGGUCAUGAAAUUGUUGAUUAUAAACAAGUCGACUGGACACAUGAAAUAUUUCUAGACUCAAGACUGUGUUGGGUGUAGGAAUGUGAGACCGUUCAGCGGUACCCACUGACAUGGUUGUACACUUGUUGAAGGUCACUCAGUGUGGCGGAGGUGUCAUCAUAGGGAACCGCCAUUGGUACAACAGGAAA